CUACAUACUAUCGGCUCAGUAAACACUUGCACCUUUGCAGUCCAAAAAUAGCGAAAUUCGGUUUCGAACCUUAUCGCAAAAAAAUGAUUUUUAGCCAUUAGGAGGCAUACCACUCCUUAAAUAUGGCUUAUAUCAUGGGAAACGCCAUGCUCUAGCGGAUGAUUUUAUGACUUGUACGAUUUCGUGAUAGAAGCAGAGGCUAAAUGGACGAUCAAGAUGGGGAGAGGGAAUCUUUUCGACUGGUCGUUCCCAAACACCGGUUACAUGACGACCAGUUUACAAAAGAUAACCACGAACACUUGAGGGACAAUCGUGACAACAAGAUCAAAACUACAAAGUAUACAAUAUGGUCUUUUAUACCGAAAAAUCUCUUCGAGCAGUUCCAUCGCUUUGCAAAUAUUUAUUUCCUCUUUAUCGUGGGUUUGAACUGGGUUCCGGCUAUCAAUGCGUUUGGAAAGGAGAUAGCAAUGCUACCCUUGAUUUUCGUGCUUGCUGUUACCGCAGUCAAAGACUUAUUUGAAGAUCGAAGACGAUACAACUCAGACAAAAAGGUUAACAAUACAAUCUGCCAAGUGUAUAGUAGUGCUUCUGCCAGUUAUAUAGCCACAAAAUGGAAAGAUGUGGUUGUCGGAGACAUUAUCAAGCUAAGCAGCAAUGAAAUCAUCCCUGCUGAUAUCCUCCUACUGAAUUCUAGUGAUGAGAAUAAUAUAUGCUAUGUCGAGACUGCAAAUUUAGAUGGAGAGACUAACCUUAAACAAAGAGAAGUGGUUAAUGGAUUAUUUAAGGAGGAUGAAAGGUUUUCUCCUCGAAAUUUUAACUUUAAACUCAAGUGUGAAACACCAAACAACCACAUCUACAGAUUUCAUGGGGCAAUUGAGCUGGACGACUCCCAUACGCUUGCUGUUGGAAAGGAGAAUCUGUUGUUGAGAGGUUGUAUUGUCCGUAACACUAAGAAUGUUGAGGGCAUGGUGGUCUAUGCAGGUCAUGACACCAAAGCCAUGCUCAACAACAGUGGGCCACGAUCCAAGCACAGCAAGGUUGAACGGGACCUCAACCUCGACGUCAUUGCAUGUGUUGUCAUAUUAUUCACGCUUUGCUUCCUUGGAGGCCUUGGUUGUGGUAUCUGGACUCAAAAUAAUGAUUUCUUUAAUGCACAUUUUGCACCUGGUGGCGAGAGUUCAGCUCCAAUGGAAGGAUUCAUCCGAUUCUGGACUUUUAUUAUCAUUUUACAGGUUCUUAUUCCAUACUCCCUAUAUGUGUCAGCGGAAUUGGUCAAGCUCGGUCAGGUUUUCCUCAUAUCAAGUGACCUUCAGCUCUACCAUGAGGAGACAGAUCAGCCAGUGAUAUGCCGUGCACUAAACAUCAACGAGGACCUUGGUCAGAUCAAAUAUGUGUUCUCGGACAAGACAGGAACUCUAACGGAGAACAAGAUGGUCUUCAAGAAAUGCACAAUUGGUGGAGUAAACUACCCCCAUGAGAGUGCACAAGGAGGCAAAGAUUUGCCUGAUGCUGGUCCAUCAGACACUGAAGAUGAGCAAUACAUGCAACAGGAAAUGUCUGAGUUACCUUAUGAUGCUGAUUUGGCUCAAGUUAUCUCAGGUGACUCAUACAAAGACAAUGGCAGCCAAUCAUCCUUCGUCCGCGAGUUCUUCAUCCUACUCUCCAUAUGUAACACGGUAGUGGUAAAUAAACACGCCAGACCACACCCAUACCAGUCAGGCCCACCUCCCAGAAACACCUCGGAGAUGCACCCUUCUGAUAAGGGUAUCAACGUUAGAAGACAGAAUUAUGAAGAAAGGGAUUUACUUAGUAGUCCAGAUGUGAGUCAUACGCCAACUACUGAGGAGGUGUCUUUAGGACGUGGGCCUCUGAUUGUCAACGUCGAAAGCGGGUGGGUUAAUAAUGGGCUUGUACCCUCCCCUGCGAGACCCGUACAGGUCGAAAGGGAUCCACCAAAUGGAUUCACUGGGAACAGCUUAAGCCAAAGCCCAGUUGCCAACAGGACACGAAUCCCAAGCAACUUCAGUGUAGACUCAAACCUAGACUCUUCACUUUUAGAGAUAAUGGACUCGAAAGCAUGGGAAAGUAUUUCUUAUGAAGCAGAGUCGCCAGAUGAGGCAGCGCUGGUAAAAAUGGCUUGCUCCUAUGGAUACAGACUUCUAUCACGCUCGCCGAACAGUGUAACAAUCUUCAUACCCGGUGAGGGUGUAGUUAAGUUUAAGGUCCUCCACGUGUUAUCGUUUGACUCGACUCGUAAGAGGAUGUCGGUGGUGGUGCGGCGACCAAGCGAUGGCGCUGCACUGAUGUACUGCAAAGGGGCGGAUUCUGCUGUGUUGACGAGACUAACGCACGCCAGCUACGCGGACGAAGCUGUGGAGGGGGGCGUGAAAUCCACGCUUGUCAAUCAAAUUGAUAGACACCUGACCAUGUACGCCAGGGAUGGCCUCAGGACUUUAUGUAUGGCGAAAAGAGAGCUGUCAGACAGCGAGUAUCAUGAUUGGCUAACAGAGCACAAGAGGGCGGAGACUGCCUUGCAGCAUCGGGAACGUCUCCUCCAGGAGUCCGCUCAGAAGCUAGAGAGCAACAUGGAGCUUCUGGGAGCUACCGGGAUAGAGGACCGCUUACAGGACGGGGUCCCUGAGACCAUUGCCAAGCUGAGGGAAGGGGGACUCAAAGUGUGGGUGCUGACAGGUGAUAAGCAGGAAACGGCCAUAAACGUUGGGUAUGCGAGCAAGCUUUUAGACGCCAGUAUGCAGAAGAUUACUCUUAACGCUAAAAAUAAGGAUGAGUGCUCUUGUCAGAUCUACUCCUGGCUGAACCAUCUGAAACUUGAGCCCACGAUGAGCAGUAUCAGCGGUUCUACGUCUUACACAACCGUCUCAUUUGAUUCGCGUAUAACCGCUGACCAACCGCUGGGCCUGAUCAUCGAUGGUCCAACGCUGAUUUACGCAUUGGAGAAACCGCUGGAUGAGAAGUUCCUGCAUUUGGCGGCUCGAUGUCAGGUUGUGCUGUGUUGCAGGGCGACCCCGAUGCAAAAGGCUUCUGUGGUCGAGCUAGUCCGCGAUGGUCUGAAGGUCAUGACCUUGGCUAUCGGCGACGGCGCUAAUGACGUGAGCAUGAUUCAGAUGGCGGAUGUGGGGAUAGGCAUCACGGGACAAGAGGGCAUGCAGGCUGUCAUGGCCAGCGACUUCGCCAUCGCGCGCUUCAGGUUCCUGGCGCAGCUACUCCUGGUGCAUGGCCACUGGUGCUACGACAGGAUUACCAAGAUGAUAUUGUACUUCUUCUACAAGAACGCGAUGUUUGUCCUCGUACUAUUUUGGUACCAGCUGUAUAAUGGUUUCUCGGGGUCGAAUGUCAUCGAUGACCUCUCCCUCAUCUUCUUCAAUCUUAUCUUCACGGCGGCGCCUCCCAUCGUGUGUGGAAUACUUGACAAGGAUCUACCGGCAACACUUCUCAAGGAGAACCCCCAGCUAUACAAGGCGGGGCAGGAAGGCCAGUUGUAUAGCCGCAAACUCUUCUGGGCCACGAUCCUUGAUGCUCUAUACCAGAGCGUCAUCCUAUUUUUCGCCUGUUUUCUUCUUUUUGAGGGCACGCCUGCAGACGACAGGAUGGUCGGGAUAACGAUGCACCAAGCUGCCGUGGUGCUCGCUAGUGUACACCUAGGACUGAUGACGGCGCAGUGGACAUGGAUUCAUCAUUUUUUCUUAUGGGGCAGCGUCUUUCUCUCCUUCAUCUGGGCCAUUGUAUUUGGCGUGGUACAACCCACACAUAAAAUACAUUACGUGUCGCUUGUUACCAUGGCAACCAAGGAAUUCUGGGCACUUUGUGUUAUGAUCACCGUGGCCGCCCUCCUGCCUAGGUUUUGCUGGAUGGCGGGUACGAGGGCGUUGCGGCCUUCAGAUAUCGAUAAAGCGCAGGUGGAAAUGAAGCUUCCGCGGCGAGUCAGUGUCGACGCACAGCAAGGGAUCACUACCGUCUUCUAACAAGCACCCGGUCACACAACCUACCCAACUCUGUCACGCACCCUUCCUCACCAUGUCACGC